GGACACCGGCGGGACCACCCCCACCCCCCUUCCCCGGACGGAGCACGGAGUCGACGAGUUGCCAUUUGGGGCUCGGGGUCGGAGCCCAGAGCAGCCAUCACAAUAGCGUCCAACAGCUGGAACGCCAGCGGCAGCCCCGGGGAGGGGCGAGAAGAUGGACAGGAGGGGAUGGAUAAGAGUCUGGACAAUGAUGCCGAAGGAGUGUGGAGUCCAGACAUUGAACAGAGCUUUCAGGAGGCACUGGCGAUAUAUCCGCCCUGUGGCCGACGUAAGAUUAUCCUCUCGGACGAGGGCAAAAUGUAUGGCCGUAAUGAAUUGAUAGCAAGAUACAUCAAGCUUCGGACGGGGAAAACAAGGACAAGAAAGCAGGUGUCCAGUCAUAUACAGGUUCUAGCUCGGAAGAAGGUGCGAGAGUACCAGGUUGGCAUUAAGGUCUCUAGCCACUUGCAGGUUCUAGCCAGACGGAAAUCUCGUGAGAUUCAGUCCAAGCUGAAGGCUAUGAACUUGGAUCAAGUCUCAAAGGACAAGGCCUUGCAGAGUAUGGCUUCCAUGUCAUCAGCACAGAUUGUAUCUGCUAGUGUCCUGCAGAACAAGCUCAGCCCCCCUCCUCCACUCCCUCAGGCUGUCUUCUCUGCUACUCCCAAGUUUUGGGGUGGACCUAUCACAGGACAUUCUGGACCUUCUCAGGACAUUAAACCUUUUGCACAACCAGCCUACCCCAUCCAGCCACCCAUGCCUCCAUCACUAGCCAGCUAUGAGCCCCUGGCUCCUCUCCCUCCUGCUGCCUCGGCUGUGCCAGUUUGGCAGGACCGCACCAUCGCUUCCACCAAGCUACGGCUCCUUGAGUAUUCUGCGUUCAUGGAAGUGCAGCGUGACCCUGAAACGUACAGCAAGCACCUCUUUGUGCAUAUUGGGCAGACAAAUCCCUCCUACAGCGACCCACUACUGGAAGCAGUGGACAUCCGCCAGAUCUAUGACAAGUUCCCUGAGAAGAAAGGUGGCCUGAAGGAGUUGUAUGAGAGAGGACCACAGAACUCCUUUUUCCUUGUCAAAUUUUGGGCGGAUCUGAACAGCACCAUUCAGGAUGGUCCUGGUGCUUUUUAUGGUGUAAGCAGCCAGUAUAGCAGUGCAGAAAACAUGACUAUCACGGUUUCCACCAAAGUGUGCUCCUUUGGGAAACAAGUAGUUGAGAAGGUGGAGACUGAAUUUGCCCGUGUGGAGAAUGGAAGGUGUGUGUACCGAAUCCAUCGGUCUCCUAUGUGCGAGUAUAUGAUCAACUUCAUCCAUAAACUGAAACACCUCCCAGAAAAAUACAUGAUGAACAGUGUCCUGGAGAAUUUCACCAUCCUGCAGGUUGUUACGAACAGAGAUACCCAGGAAACCUUGCUCUGCAUAGCCUUUGUUUUUGAGGUUUCUACCAGCGAGCAUGGGGCACAGCAUCAUGUAUACAAGUUGGUCAAAGACUAGAAGCCCCUCUGGAGUGAAGGAGCAGUUUAAGGAAAAGAAGAGAGAAGUCUUGUCAGAGAAGCCACCAGUAUAGGAUGCCUUGAUUCACGUCUUUUGAAAACGAACAAACAGAAAAAAAAGCAAUGCCAAAAAGUUCUGUUUCACAGUCGCAGAUGUUUCCUACUAAGGAACAAUUUUGUAUUUAAAAAAAAACCAGGAAAAAAGCAUUAUAAGAAACUCUAAAAUGGAAGAAGGAGGCAGCAGGACAACCCUUUUUUGUAGGGGCUAGGUCUUCGUUGUUUCAGGAGACAUCAGUGCCAAGGCUUAGUACCUCCUUGAAGCCUUUCCCAUCACACAGUACUUUUAAAGCAUCUGGUGAAAUGGGACUGCCAACUUCUUGUUAAUCUCUUAAUGUGCCUAUAUUUUCUAUGUUGAAAUCAGGAUGUUGUCCUUGAAACUAGCCUUACCUGGUGGCUUUUCAUCUGCAGAAAGGAGUCAUGUGAAGGCUGCAGAAGAUAUUUUCUAAGGAUGGGAUGGGAAAUUAGAUGCCCCCUUGUAAUGGAUCCUGCUCUGUUUCAGAUAUUGACAAAAUAGCUGGACGGUUUUUUCUUCCAUCUCUUACUGUUUGCAGAGUCAACAUGGAGAAUUGGUAGAUAAUUUUUCUUGCUCUUUAACACACCUACUCGGUUAAUUACAAAAAGGUGGUUUUGUUCUGACAAUAUCCUGCACAUUUUCAGUUACAGAACCUACUGCAUUCCAUCCAAGCUAUGGUGCUGGUGGAAGGGCAUCAAGUGUUGAUUAGGGCAGAUGUGUGGCAAUGUCUCAGACCUUACAAUAAUAGAUGGAAUCGUAACUACAGGAGUGUGUGUGUGUGUAUGUGUGUGUUUAGAUGACCCUAUUUGAAAAGGAGCAGCUUAAAGGUAUCUGUUUGGGAUGUCGAAAGGUUAGAGCAUGUUUUAGAAGGAAGAGGUGGGAAGCUUAGCUGGAGGAAAGCAGUUCAGGAAAUUGUGAAUGAUACAGUCUGCAAAUUAGCAGUCUGGCUUGCAAGUGGCCUAUGAAAUAUUUCAAGAAUAUUAUCUGGAGAAAUAUUUGAGCUGGCUAAGAUUGAGUCACUUAGAAAAUUUUCUAAACCUCUCUGGGAUCUCAAUCAACUCUCAAAGAGCCUUUCUUAAACAUCUGUCAUGUGAGAAACAAUAUGAGAAAAGCUUAGACCAAAGUUUUUGCUCCCUGGGCAUUGUUUUGAUAAAGUAGCAUUUUCCUUCUCCUUCCCUGUUUAUCUGCGGUAGUCAAGAAAAGACCGGGUCUGAAUAUCAUGAUGCAAGUUUUCCUCUAUCUAUUCUGUGCUUCCCACUUAGUAUAUUCUAGAUUCACUUUGCUAGAACCAAAGUGAAAACUGAGUAGUCUGACAGUCCAACCCAAGGAUGUUGCUGAAAUAUGGGACAUAGUACAGCUUGGUAUAAAGAAUGUCAUUUGAUGUUGGGCAUGCUGGGCAAAGUGUAUGUGUAAGAUUUAAAUGUAACCAUGAGCCCUUAGGGGACGUGGUGGCGCUGCGGGCUAAACCGCAGAAGCCUGUGUUGCAGGGUCAGAAGACCAAGCAGUCGUAAGA